AUGAUUCAAUGCAAAUCAAACACAAGCUUCCAAUUACCACAUAGGAGGAAUAGAAGUAAGCAUAGAGUCGCAGACAGAUUAUUAAAAAUAAUUGGUGAUGAAAAGAAAAGCUUGAAUAAGCAAGAAAAGUCGAUUUUUUUAAAUCCUCAACAAGUAAAGCCAAUUUCUCAUAACCUUCCAAUUCCACAUGCUCCAGAUACCCCGCCAGAAUCUUUUGCAUCUUUUAGAUCUGAGCUAACUUCAUAUCGUUUGCUCAGGUUACCAAGUCAUGAUCUCAAUAAAGAGUCAGGAAUAAUCAAAUUAAGCAGCACACCUACAAUCACUCAUAGAAAACUGUCACAACUUAAAUUAUCACCUAAGAGGUCUGAUUUACAAGGAUAUAAAGUGUCCAGAUCAGUUUUCGAGUCAAAAUUUUUGCAUAGACUGCGUAAGAGUGAAAAUAGCGUUUUGCAGCCUAGGAAGCAAUAUUUCAAAAUAUCACGAUCAUUUCGGUUGCAGUCUGCAUCAAGCUAUUCUCCAAAGCCUUCUGUUUCUCCAUGCAGUUGAAGAUUUACUCCAAUUUAA